UUACUGAAAAGGAAAAAAAAAAAAAAAAGAGAUAAAAAAGAAAAAAGAAAAGAAAAGUCAGCAUGCGUCCUCUUGGGUCACCUUUACGGACAUCUGUCCUGGCCCUUGCCUUGGUCACAUUGCAGGUCAUGACCCAUGCAGAUCAUUCUCCUCCCAUCCAAGUUUCCAUUCACACUCCUUGGGCCGCACCACCUUUGCUGCUUGAAAUCCUGGAGGCUGUGGCAGUGGAAAAUAGGACUUCGUACUACCCAUUGAUGCGUCAAUUGACCAGCCCUGACUUUCUGAAAACCGUCAGUUCCCCUCAGGACCUUUACGGCAAGAGCUUGGAAAUCAUCCAGAGUCAAGGUCAUCUCCACCGCCAGGCUAUCUCAAGUUUGAAAUGGUCACUGGCCAUGCACACUACAGCUCCAUGGAUCGAGGCUCACUACCACCUCUACAACUCGACUAUUGUACCUGAUAGGGCCUCAAAAGGCGGAUUCGACCCUAAUUGCAAUGUGUGGGUAGAUUGGUACGAUCAUCAGGUCUGUACAGCAUCCGAACUCGAGGCAAUUGUCGCAAAAGGACUUGAUCAGUAUUCUAAAAAAGCAAGUUCAAAGCCGACAACAAUGGAUCUAGACCACGUUCAAUCAUCUCGGAACGACCCUUCUCUCUUUACCAUUUUGUAUGCAGAUGUUUAUGAUGGUGAAUUCACAAAGUUCCGGAAAUACCUAGACACUCUUGCUAUUGAGCAUGGCCUGCAAUACUCGAUCAGAUACCGACCCUCCGUUACCAAUGCUUCUGAACGUCCGCUCUCUUUAGCAGGAUAUGGCGUCGAGCUAGCGCUCAAGAAUACCGACUAUAUUGUUAUAGAUGAUAGGGAUCUUGGACAUAAUGAUGAUGAUAGCGCAUUUGGACAGACUGUUUUUAGUGCGGACACGGAGCAGAUCCUCUUUGAAGGCGAGGGACCCCCAUCAGUUGAGCCAGUCAGUGAGCAGGAUCUUCCAUCAUUGGACCAAUUGACGGCACAGUUUGUUCUUCAGUCCGAGGACCCCCUCAAAGCUCUUGUGGCGGUUUCACAGGACUUCCCAAAGUAUCAACGCAAGCUUUCAAAAAUUACUUUAAAUGAGACAUUGAGUAGAGCUUUCUAUAAAAAUAUGGAGACAGCAAGUGGUCAGAACAGCCCAAAAAUAUGGCUGAACAACCAGCCUGUGCCGCACCACAAGAUGAAUCCUUUCAACCUAAUUCGUCUGCUCCGUCGUGAAAGAGAUGCAAUUGGGUCUUUUGCAACCAUUGGAGUGUCCACCAAGAAGGCUGUUGACUUGCUGACUGACUUCACCUCUGCAGCUAAGGGGGAUUCUGGGGCCGAAGUCCCCACGGGGGUUUUUGAUGUGCGAGACAAGUCAGAGGAAAAGGACCUAAUUGUUUGGCUUAAUGAUCUGGAGAAGGAUCAGCGAUACAGAGGUUGGCCGGGGUUAGAAGCGCUCUACAGACCCUUAUACCAUGGUCAGUUCCACCAGAUUCGGAAGAAUAUCAUUAACUCACUGCUGGUCCUAGAUCUUAGUUCACCUCGAUCACUCGAGGUUAUCGGAUUCGAGAUCUUUAAUUUUAUCCAACGGAUGGUGCCUUUUCGAUUCGGCGUUCUCCCUCUAGUUAAAAGUGAUAAUGGCGAAGAUGUCAAAAUGGCAAUGCUGUGGAGGCAUCUAGUAAGCCGCCAUGGUGUAAGGGGCGGUAUUGAGUUUGUCAAACAGACCAUCAUCCUUCAUGUACAAGCAGGUGAUGACAUCCCGAGCGCUGCGCGCAAAGCCUUUGAGGCCUCGAGCAAGCUACCCAAGCUCAAAACAUCGGAAACUCCUGAGCUGAUGUAUGAUGAGGUUAUUGCACCAGAUUCAAUCUAUCGAGUCUGGCUCAAGUCUGUAAGAGCUAUGGAAGAACAGAUUGGGAUCACCGCUCCAUCGCAUUUCGUCAAUGGCAAGUUCUUUGCAUGGCAUGAGGACCACAGUCAACAUUUAAUGAGCCAAGCACCUCGACAGACAGGCUUUUUGAUCAGUCGUUUAAUGCAAGGAGAGUUGAACGACAGUGUUGACGUGUAUGAAUAUUUAUUAACUUUGCCCGGAGUGCAUCCUCGCCGUAACCCCUAUGUCUUCGUUAGCGAUGACGCCCCCCCCAAAAUUAUUGAUCUUGUUCAAGGUCAAAAAUCCCCAUUUGUCGACAGCCUAUCCUAUUUCACAGCUGACGGAAGCACAGACCAGGCAUUGACACUUCACAUCGCCGCUGACUUUGACAGCAAGCAAGGAUUAGCAAUUGGGUUAGCAGCCUUGAGUGCUCUAGAGGCUAACGAGUAUCCAGUUCGACUUGCUUUCAUCCAGAACGGACAGUAUUCAGAAGAAACAUUACCUUCUCUUGCAAACUUUGUCCGCCAAUCCUGCAUUGACAGAAAGAUAUUACCCCUAGGAUUUUGGAGGACUCUUUUGCAGGGAAUCAAUGAUGGACAACCAUUCUCAGAAAGCUUUGUGAUUGCAAGCGGUGACCAUCCUGAAAUUGCAGCAAUCGCUUUUGAAGGGACAAAGGGGUUAGAAGAACAGAGCGACCGAGCAAGGCAUCUGUUCCUGAAAGACACGCUUAAGGCUAAUGAAGGCGAAGCUUAUAUCAUAGCCAACGGCAGGGUCGUUGGCCCUAUCCAUGAUACAUUUGACGCAGAUGAUUUCAGGUUGCUGAUCAACUACGAGAAGGAGCAGCGUGUUGAGAAGGUUAAGAAAACACUCGAAGACGCACAAAUUGCUACGACUUCUAGCAAUAUUAUGAAGGCGUCUUCGAUUCUCUUGCGUGCUGGCCAACAACCGGAUCAGGGUCUUUAUGAUAUUAACCAGCCCUUAGUGUCCAGAGAACGUUUCUUUGAAGAGUUGGAUUUCGAGCACGCUGGAUUUACGGUGAACCCCACUGUCUAUGCUGAUAAUGACCCAAUCCUAUUCCACUUCACUGCUAUCCUUGAUCCAGCAAGUGAAUUGACGCAGCGCUGGGCGCCUAUCCUAAUGGUGCUUUCUCGACUGGAGGAUGUUAGAAUUGACGUUAUUUUGAUGCCUCAUCUCAAAUUGAAUGAGGCGCCUAUUAAGAGGUUCUAUCGCUAUGUGGCAGAGCCUGAACUAAAAUUUGAUACCAAUGGUGAGAUUGUCCCGCCUUCCGCCUAUUUUGCUGGGCUUCCCGAGGCUACACUACUUACAUUAGGUGUUGAUGUUAACCCUGCUUGGGUUGUGAUGCCCAAAGUAUGCAUUCACGAUCUCGAUAACCUCAAGUUGUCAAGUCUGACAGGAUCUGCUCGCAAAUCUGGUGUAAAGGCAGAAUUUGAACUGCGUCAUAUCCUAAUUGAAGGGUUCGCGCGUGAUUUGACGCAGCAGGCUCCACCCAAGGGCGCUCAGUUUAUCCUUGGAACCAAAUCGGAACCCCAUGUGGCAGAUACACUUGUGAUGGCCAAUAUGGGCUAUUUCCAGCUCAAAGCGAACCCCGGUGUUUGGGAGAUGGUUUUGAGGCCUGGUCGCACGACGGAGGUCUUCUCGAUCGAGAGUAUUGGAAGUGAAGGUUGGGUUAUCGGCGCUGGCAUCAAGAAUGAUAAGCGAGAUCUGGUCAUUGCUAAUUUCGAGGGGUUAGUUCUAUAUCCUCGUUUGAUCCGUAACCCUGGUAUGGAACAGGCCAAUAUUCAAGAUGAAUCAUCUAAUAGAAGUGGUGGAAUCUGGGACUCUAUCAAAACAACUCUCAAGGGAUUCACUGGUAAAAAUGUCAAAACCCGCGCCAAGGAAACAGCAGAUAUCAACAUUUUCUCUGUUGCGUCCGGACACUUGUACGAACGCUUCUUGUCAAUCAUGAUCCUCAGUGUUAUGAAGAACACAGAAAGCCGGGUCAAGUUCUGGUUCAUUGAGGACUUCUUGUCACCAUCCUUCAAGGAUUUCAUCCCACACAUGGCUAAGAAGUACGGCUUUGAUUAUGAGCUGGUCACAUACAACUGGCCUCAUUGGCUUCGCGCACAAACGGAGAAGCAGCGUAUCAUUUGGGCAUACAAGAUUCUGUUCCUUGAUGUCCUGUUCCCCUUGGACCUUGACAAAAUCAUCUUCGUUGAUGCUGAUCAAAUUGUGCGCACAGACAUGAAAGAACUAGUUGACUUGGACUUGCAUGGUGCGCCAUAUGGCUAUACACCCAUGUGCCAGGACCGAAAGGAGAUGGAAGGGUUCCGAUUCUGGAAUCAGGGCUAUUGGAAGGAACAUCUCCAAGGGAAGCCAUACCAUAUUUCUGCACUUUAUGUCGUUGAUCUAGUCAAGUUCCGUCAAAUGCAGGCAGGCGAUCGUCUGCGAAACCAUUAUCAGCAAUUGACUCGGGAUCCACAUUCGCUUGCGAAUCUGGAUCAAGAUCUUCCAAACAACAUGCAAGCAGAGGUCCCCAUCUUUUCAUUGCCCCAAGAGUGGCUAUGGUGCGAGACUUGGUGUGGCGAUGAAGGCCUUGCAAAAGCCAAGACAAUUGAUCUGUGCAACAACCCUCUGACUAAAGAACCCAAGUUGGACCGAGCAAGACGUCAGAUCAAGGAGUGGGAGAGCUUGGAUAAUGAGGCCACAGAGUUUGCGAAAGAAGUGAAUGCUAAGCUCAAGGCGGCUCGUCAGACUCAGCAGCAGCAAGCAUCAUUAGAAGAUAUUAACAUCUCCAACAACCAGGGUCAGCAAACAAUGCCGUUCAAAGAUACGGAGGGGUCACAUACGACUAAGGAUGAGCUUUAAAUAAACAAUUUCUUAAAUAGUUUCUAAGUGAGAAUAAAUAAAUAUGAAAAUGGU